AUGGCAAUGACAAAUGGAACUUGUCUCACAGACAACAAAGUCCAAAGCAUGAAGGCUGAAAUUGAGGGGGCUAGUGAUGGAGAGAAGGUGAAGGCUGAAGAUGAGAAAACUAUAGUGAUGGAAAGAAGUGAUGGAAAGAAGGUGAAGCCUGAAGAUGAGGAGACUAGUGAUGGAAAGAAGGUGAAGGCUGAAAUUGAGGAGGCUAGUGAUGGAGAAAAGGUGAAUGCUGAAAUUGAGGAGGUGAAGGCUGGAGAUGAGGGGGCUAGUGAUGGAGAGAAGGUGAAGGCUGGAGAUGAGGGGUCUAGUGAUGGAAAGAAGGUGAAGGCUGGAGAUGAGGGGGCUAGUGAUGGAGAGAAGGUCAAGGCUGAAGAUGAGGGGGCUAGUGAUGGAAAGAAGGUGAAGGCUGGAGAUGAGGGGUCUAGUGAUGGAGAGAAGGUGAAGGCUGAAGAUGAGGGGGCUAGUGAUGGAGACAAUCAUCCCAAAGUUACAGAAGACUCCAGAAUCAUCUCAUUGUGA